UAAUUAGCGUUUUUGCCUGUUGGCAUUUGCCCCACCCGCCGCGCAGCGCGCAGCGUCGAACUGCGCGCCUAGGGGUCAGCCAGCAGUGCAGCGCGCCCAGGGGUCCGCCGCGCGUCGGUUUAUUCAGCUCCGCGGCCGCUUCCUGCGCUGCAAAACCGCUGCUAAUGGAGACCUCCCUCCCCGCCGUGAACGGCAGCACGAACACCGUCGUCGUCGUACGAGUGCGCCCCUUCGGCCGCAAGGAAACGCCGACGACGCCGUGCGCCGAGGCUCUCGACGACGGCCGCUCUUUGAUCGCGCGGCGCGACGAGCGCCGGGGCGGCCAGUACCUCCAGUCGCAGCAGGCCACGGAGACAACAUACAAAUUUGAUGCGACCUACGGCCCGGCCACGAGCCAGCAGAGCGUCUACGAACAGACGACCAAAGCCCACGUCGCGACGCUCGCCAAGGGCCAGAUCCCGGCUCUGACGGUCGUGGCCUACGGCGCGACGGGCGCGGGCAAGACCCACACGAUGAUGGGCGAUAGUGGACGGGCGGGCGUCAUCCCGCGGGCGGUGGGCGACUUAUUUGAGCAACUACCCAGUUCCACAGUCGCGAAAGUGUCGUAUCUUGAAGUGUACAACGAGCGCGUCUUCGAUUUGCUCGGUCCCGAUCGCUCGAAGCCGCUCAAGGUCUGCGAGGACGAGCGGCUCGGCGUCGUCAAGGCGCUGGAAUUGACCGAGGCGCCCUGUAGCAAAGCGGAAGAAGUCCUCUCCCUCUUGAGUCAGGGCAACGCCAAGCGGACGACGGAGGCGACGGGCGCCAACGAUUCGUCGUCAAGGAGCCACGCCGUGCUCCAGGUCAAGCUCGGGGAGCGGACGCUGACGCUCGUCGAUUUAGCCGGUUCGGAGCGCGCGUCGGCGACGGGCAAUAGAGGUUUACGCUUGGCCGAGGGCGCGCACAUCAACCGCUCGUUAUUGGCCCUGGCGAACUGCAUUAAUGCAUUAUCCUGCCCGCUGGCCCCGCGGCCGAAGUUCCGCGACUCGAAGCUGACGUUGAUUCUGAAAUCGGCGCUCGAGAGUGCGACGGUGCGCUUGGUGGUUGUGGCCUGCGUGUCGCCGUCCAUGCUGUCGGUGGACGACACGAUGAACACCCUGAAGUAUGCCCAAAGGGCCAAGACCAUGCCCAAGAAGUCGGAAGCCAAGCGACGGGCGUCGCUCGGCGCGCGCGACCUGGAACCCAGACGGCCGGCGCGGCGGCCGUCGGCCGUGGGCCACGCUCCCAAAAGGCGGCGCGCGUCCGUCGCGGCGAUGGGCGCGCCGCCCUUCCGGCGCGCGUCGUCCGACUUGCGGCGCGAGUCGCUGUCGGCCGUCGCGGCGGCGCGCAAGCACGCCGCCGAGGUGUCCGAGAAGUGCCACGCGGGGCUCCAGGCGACCGCGCCGGCGCCGGCGCCCUGCGUACCGGAGGCGCCCGCGCCGCCGCGCGAGAAGCCGAUCCGGAAGCGGCGCGGCUCCAUCGGCGCGCCGGGCGUCGCGGCGCGCGUCAAGAAGCGCCGCGCCUCGGCGGCGGCGGCCGCGCCGGCGCCGGCGAAGCCGGCGGCCUGGCGCGCGCAGUCGCACGAGCUCCGCGAGGCCAUGCAGGCGCGGCGCGCCGCCGCAAAAGCGGCGCCGCCCGCGGGGCCGCCGCCCGACGCCUUCCGGCCCCAAAGUCAGUUGGCGCGGACCGGGGCGCUGCCGACGGCGCCGAGUGGUCCGCCGCCCGACGCCUUCCGCCCGGCGAGCCAGCUCGCCCGGACCGGCGCCCUGCCGGCCGUCGUCGAGCCGGCGCCCGCGCCGGAGGCCGCGCCGCCGGCCGCCGCUGCCGCCGCGACGGCGGCGCUGCGCGCGGCGGCGAGCGACCUCCGCGCGAAGGAGCAGGAGCACGCGGGCGCGGCGCUCCGCGCGGCCGCGGCCGAGGCCGCCGCCGCCCCGUCGCCGGUCAUCCGCGAGGCGCCGCCGUCGGAGGACUUCGAGCGCCUCGACGCCUUCCGCCGGACGAGGAUGGCCGCCGACGAGGAGGCGGGCGACGCAGUCCGCGCCUUCGCGCCGGUCCGCGAACUCGCCCGGACCGGAGCCGUGCCCCAGCCGCUGCGCCCGCGCCCGGGCUUCGCGGUCCCGCCGGCGCCGGUCGCCGAGAGCGCCGAGCUGCCGCCGCCGCCCGCGGCGGAGGACGCGUCGUCGCCGCCGCCGGUCGUGCCCCCGCGCUUCGUGCCGUCGCCGGACCUGAGCGCGACGACGUCGGGCGCGCGCCACGCGGCGCGCGCCAAGCGCGCCGCGGGCUCCCUCCAGGAGCGCCUCGAGGCGGCCGAGGCGCGCGCCGCCGCCUGGAAGGACGCGGCCACGGACGCCGAGACCGUCGCGUCGACGCUCGCGGCCGCGCUGCGCGAGGAGUGGAAGGACCGGGCGCCGGCCAAGUGGGCCGCGCUGCGCGACGACUUCGCCACGUUCCGGGCUAGGUAUGCCCGACACGUCGCGGCCGCGGACGCGUGCCUGCCGCCGCAGCCGCUCGGCGAGGCGUCGAACCUGGGUCGGUCCUAGGUCCUUUCCCCCCGGUUAUAUGAAGUAUAUACAGAUCGUAGAAUGGGGCGCUUCUCCCCGAAACAAAUUCUGUACGGUGUUCGGAGGUUCGGACUACGUACCCCGACUCCCCGAUCGAGCCUAGGCCGGCCUAGCUCUACUCAGGCUACUGCUGAGGUGCGGGUUCAGCGAAAAAACCUGCGCACGUAACGAGCUGCUGUGCUUUAUGCUAUGGACUAGGCCUAGAUGCCAACCCACUGGAUGAACAUGAAUGGCCUUUGGGCUGCCCAACCCGGGCAGGGUUCAUGCGGGCACGCACGCUGGGACUAGACAGUCGGCAGGUCAUGGGCUGUAGUGCUAGCAAAAAACUCAUUGCCACGCUGCACACCGAGUUUUUUGCUGAAACGGUCGCGUGCUACACGACACAGGCCGGCGCCCCGCGCGUCGUGAGCGGCUCGCACGACUACACCUUGAAGAUCUGGGACCCCGAAACACAAAAGCUCCUCGCCACGCUGAAAGGGCACACCGAUUUGCUCGCGGGCGUGAACGCGGUCGCGAGCUACACGACACAGGCCGGCGCCGUGCGCGUCGUGAGCGGUUCGGACGACAAGACCAUAAAGAUCUGGGACCCGGACGCGCAGCGGCUCCUCGCCACGCUGAAAGGGCACAAAUUUAGCGUGGAAGCGGUCGCGUGCUACACGACACAGGCCGGCGCCGUGCGCGUCGUGAGCGGAUCACGGGAUCACACCAUAAAGAUCUGGGACCCGGACGCGCAGCGGCUCCUCGCCACGCUGAAAGGGCACACUUACGACGUGAACGCGGUCGCGAGCUACACGACACAGGCCGGCGCCGCGCGCGUCGUGAGCGGCUCGCGCGACGGCAUCAUAAGGGUCUGGGACCCUGACACGCAGCGGCUCCUCGCCACGCUGGAAGGGCACACCAGCAACGUGAACGCGGUCGCGAGCUACACGACACAAGCCGGCGCCGUGCGCGUCGUGAGCGGCUCGUGGGACAAGACCGUAAAGAUCUGGGACCCCGAAACACAAAAGCUCCUCGCCACGCUGAAAGGGCACACUGAAUACGUGAACGCGGUCGCGUGCUACACGACACAGGCCAGCGCCGCGCGUGUCGUGAGCGGUUCGGUCGACAACACCGUAAGGAUCUGGGACCCGGAGACGCAGCGGCUCCUCGCCACGCUGCAAGGGCACACUGAGCGGGUGACCGCGGUCGCGUGCUACACGACACAGGCCGGCGAAGUGCGCGUCGUGAGCGGCUCGUGGGACGGCACCGUAAAGGUGUGGCGCACAUCGGACAAAGCGCGCACAGCGUCGCAGACGGCGGGAGGCACGAAGGUCGCGCCCGCGACGUCCACGAAGGCCGCGGUCGCCGCCGGCGCCACCGUCGGCGCCGCGCUCACGGCGUCGCAGACCGACGUCCUCGGGCCGCUCUCCGGGGUUCUGACGGCGCUCCCCGCGACCGCGCCGCCGCCGCUCAAUAUGUGUCUGAUGCCGUUUGCGCACGCCUUAGCCGAACUCGGUCUCGCGGUGCGCCAGGUGCGCUUCAACAAGGAGGCCGCGGUCAUGCUGCAGCGCCGCGGACUUGAAAUCGCCCAAAAGCUCCAGGACGUCGUCAAAGCGACGCAGGGCCUGCCGAGCGGGCGCGUCGAGGCCGUCGCUCGGACGGUGACGGCCAUCGGCCAGGCGCUCGACGAGGCUGCGAAGUUCCUGCAGCAGUUCUCGAAGAAGGGAGCGUUCGCGAAGCUCUGCUCCGGCACGCUCGACGCGCGGCGGUUCGGGCUCCUCGACAAGCGGCUCUGCGAGCUCAGCACGGAGCUCGGCUCGGCGUUGGACCUCCAGCAGCUCGCCCUCCAGGCGCAGCGCUUCGAGAAGAUCGAGGGCUUGAUCCAACUCCUCGGCCAGCAGACCGUCGACGCGAACAACCAGGCGGCGGCGCAGCGGGCGGCGAUCCUGUGCGGCAUCGAGAAGGGCAGCGCCGUCGAGAGCGAGGAGCUCUCGGCGCUCGGCCUGAAGCUGGACCAGAUCGCCGCGGACGUGAGCACGGUCAUCGACCAGAACACGAAGCAGCAGGAGUCGCUCGACGAAGUGAAAGAGAUGGUGGCGGCGAAGAACUCGAAGCUGCGGGGUCGGGCGCUGGCGCGGCAGGAGAAGGAGCGUACGCUGGUAGAGUUCGAGAUCGAGCUGGACUCGGUCGAAGAGCAGCCAUUCGCGAAGGGCUCGCAGGGCGAAGUUCACCGCGGCAAGUACCAGGGAGACACGGUCGUGCUGAAGAAAACAAGCCUUGUGGGCAUGCUUGCGGUGGACCGCGCCAAGCACCUGAAGGCGUUUGCCACGGAGCUUACCAUCAUGACCCAGCUUCGCAGUCCGCGCAUCGUGUCGGUCAUCGGCGCCAUCACAGUGGACUCGUCGUACCUGGGCCUCGUCCUCGAGUACUGCGAGGGCGGAACGCUGCGGGAGGCGCUCGCCGCUGAUGACUACGCGACUGCCGUCGACGAAGCGCAGCGGCGGAGCUGGCUCCUGGACGUGGCGCUGGGCAUGAGCUACUUGUAUUCGAAGGGCGUGGAGCACCGCGACCUCAAGUCGCUCAACGUGCUGCUCGACGGCGCGCGGCGGUGCAAGGUGUCGGACUUCGGGCUCUCGAAGAGCGAGUCGCUGAACACGGCGGCGACGCAGUCGACGAUGGGCGACGCGAAGGGUACGCCUGCGUACAUGGCGCCCGAGCUCCUCCAAUCGAAUACUUUUACCGAGAAGACGGACGUGUACGCGUACGGCAUGGUCGUCUUCGAGGUGCUCGCCGGAGAUAUCCCCUGGCGUGGUCUCAACCAGAUGCAGAUCAUGAUGCAGGCGGGUCUGCAGAAACAACGGCCGCCCGUGCCCGAGGGAGCGCCCGCGGACCUCGUCGCGUUGAUGCGGAGGUGCUGGGACCACGAGCCGGACGCGCGGCCGGACUUCGCCGCGAUCAAGGCGGAGCUCCGCGGCGGGCCCGAUACUCCUGCGCGGUGAGCGCCUCGUUUUCGUCUCGGUGGCGGGACCCCUCUCUUCGGAAGUUUCUUUCUUAUCUUAAUAUACUAGUACUUCUAUUUUAGCCUAGACAUCUCUUGGUACGGUGCUAGGAGUAGUGGCCCUCCGAUCUUGUUACGGUCGAACUAGUGGGCGGAGCCCCUGCCUAGGGCUGGGGGGGGGACACUAGAGGGAGACACGCACGUCGCCGAUUCAUCGGCGGCGGGCGCGAGCCGCUUCUUUCAUAACAGCGUACCUCCUUCUAAGCAGAACCGCCUCGGCAAACCCCCCGGAACAAUGUGCAACGUCGCCCGUUCAAUCAACUUGUCCCGCGACUUCCCGCAGGCGACCUUGGACCGCGGCGACGCGUUUGGCACCGUACAUUCCAACAAAGCCAGUAGACACUCGGCCCGACCCUUGACAAUCGCCACGCCCCACUCCCGGUAGAUCUGAGCCGCAUCGGCCCGACAUCGCUAGCGGCCUGUAAGACACUAGGAUGCCUAGACAAGCAGCACAGGGCGAACGCUUUAGUCGCUGCCGCUGCUGCCGUGCACAAAGGCUGUUGCUAAGAACAAACGUCUGCAACGCGAAUCAAACGUCUGAGGCAGUUACGAGAGCGACAGAGCUAUAGCAACUCAAGUGGAGCCUACUCGCGGUUUCACUGCAGACGCGCCCGACAAGGAAGAAACUGCUAAAAAAAGAUGGCGCAGGGCCGCGGCCGGGGCCAGACGCUCCCGGCUUGGAUGACGCAGGGCGGCAACGACGCCGCCCUCGACUCCAUGCUCGCGAGCGCGUCGCAGGCGGCCGCGCAGCGCGAGAGGCCGGGCGGCGACGAGCCGGCGCCGAAGAGGCGCUCGCGCUUCGACGACGGCCCGCCGCAGCAGCCGCCGCCGCCGCAAGGAGGCGGCUGGGGCGCGCCCCCGCCCGCAAACGGCGGCUGGGGCGCACCGCCGCCGGCACAGGGUGGCUGGGGCGCACCACCGCCGGCACAGGGUGGCUGGGGCGCACCGCCGCCGGCACAGGGCGGGUGGGGCCAGCCGCCGCCGCAAGCGGGCGGCGGCUGGGGCGCGGCCGCUCCCCAGGAGGACCCGCGCAUCGCCGCCGCGAAGCGCGCCGCCGCCGCCUUCUCGAGCGGCGCGGCGGCGGCGCCGCCGCCGCCGCCGGCCGGCGGCGGGCGCGGGCGCGGCCUGACGACGCCCGCCUGGAUGAGCCAGGCGCCCGCGGCCGCCGCGGCCCCGAAGAAGCCGACGUCGCCGCGCGCGAACGACCCCCGCGCGCGGAACAAGGCGCCGGCCAUGCCGACGGCGCCGCCGAUGCCCAGGGCAAGCGGAGGCGCCGGUGCCGUCGGCCACGCCUGGGACGGCGUCGGCGCGCCGCCGCCCGUGCCCCUGCCGCCCGCGCCGCCCGCGCCGGCGUUCACCGGGUCGGACGCGGCGCGGAAAGCGCUGGAGCGCAUGGGCGCGGCGCCGCCGGCGCCGCCGCCCGCGCCGGCCCCCGCGCCGCCUCCACCAAACCCGGAAGACGCCGAGAAGGCGGCCCGGGCGCGCAUCAAGGAGCUGCAGAACGCCGGCACCGACGACUACCAGAAGAAGGACUUCCAGGCCGCGCUCGCGUCGUACAAGGGCGCGCUGCAGCUCCUCGACGACCUCAAAAGAGACGUCCCGGCGAUGUCGUCGCGCGUGAACGCGGAGCGCGACGAGCGGCGCAUGAAGGUCCUCUCGUGCGUCGCGAAGGCCCACGAAAAGCUCGGCAACGCGCAGGAGGCCAAGGACGCGUCGCGCGCGUGCGACAAGAUCCAGAAGCGCCUCGCCGAGUACAAGCGGCGAGCGCGAAAGUAGUAACUAUUCUUAUUCACAGCGG